UGGAGUAUUUUAUUAUCUAUGUGAAUGUGAAUAACACACUAUUAAAAAAGGUUCAUAUUUCAAGCUUCUCCUGCAUCUAUAUAUCUAUCUAUUUGACAGCUCUCGAUUCUCUAAAAGAUCCCAUCUGAAUUCUGAAGCCAUGUCGACAUUUCCCGACCAAAAUAUGAGCGUCCACCCCUCAGCCGUUAAUGGUGAAAAACAAAUCCCAGUAGACGAAGAAGAACAACAAGUCUACAACAAUCUCGAUGAAAAGCUCGACAGCCUUCUUGCAACUCUCCCCAAAGCAAAAGGUUGGAGGAGCCCAAACAUAUUUCUGCAUAAAGGUUUUUGGUUGAGUCCCACAGUUUUCAAAGGCUUAUUAGCGAUCCACGAAUACUUCCAUCCCCAACCCAUAGACAUCUUCCUGGCUGCUUUCAUGAAGUGUGGAACCACCUGGCUUAGAGCUCUCAUGUUUGCCACCGCCAACCGCCACCGUUACAAUUUUUCCGACCAUCCUCUUCAUCGCACCGGACCCCAUGGUGCUUUUCCUUCUCUUGACACCCAAAUUCUUGUUGACUUUCCGGUAACUAAGUUCGAUCAUCUCCCUUCUCCUCGACUGUUCGCCACACACUUUGCUCACGACUUGUUACCGAACUCGAUGACAGCACCCCGGUCGACUUGCAAGUUUGUGUACGUGUGUAGGGAACCGAAAGACGCACUCAUUUCCAAGUGGCACUUCAUGAACAAAGUUAGGUCGAAAGAACUGGCCCCUCUUUUGUUCAAUGAAGCUUACGAGCUUUUCUGCGAUGGGGUCUCCGAAUACGGACCUUUUUGGGAACAUGUGUUGGGGUACUGGAAAGCAAGCCAGGAAUCACCUGAUAAAAUCUUGUUCUUGAAGUAUGAGGAUAUGAAGAGGGAACCCUCGGCAGAGCUGAAGAAAUUGGCGGCGUUCAUGGGGAUGUCUUUUACGGCGGCGGAGGAGGAGGGAGGGGUGGUGGAAGAGAUUGUGAAGCUGUGUAGCUUUGAGAAUUUGAGUAAUCUGGAGGUAAACAAGGGCGGUGUUCAGAAGUUUAACACGCAGUUGAAGGUGGAGAAUCGGGAUUUUUUCAGAAAAGGAAAGGUGGGAGAUUGGAAAAAUUAUUUGACAGAGGAGAUGAGAGAGCGGAUUGAUUCGAUCACUGAAACCAAGUUGAAGGAUUCUGGGCUGUCACUAGGAGUCACCAAAAUAACUUUAUCAUAAUAUAGUUAAAGCUUACAUCUUUUUAUUUAAAGUGUCUGCUAUUGUCUGAAUUCUAGUUUAAUAAAAUUUUCUUUAAUCUUCAAAUAUGAAGAAACUAGUAUUUUAACGCGUGGCAGUAAUGAAUUUAAGAAGUAAAAGUUUGUCGUUAUUUGUUGAAAGUCGGCAAAAAUGUUGUUUCUA